AUGUUGUGUGUUCAAUCUGAGUCCGGUGUGUCAAUCCCGAUCCGAGUCCUGGUAUCAGCCCACAGUCCGUCCAUUCUGGGCCUGCGAGUAAUUCGGCUACUAAAAGGAUCGAUCACACUGCAUACCAACAACGAUAACCUAAUCACCUCACUUCUUCAACAUUUGAUUGUACAGUGUUCCGGUAACGUUGGUGACAUGAAGGUACGGUCGGUAAACCUGGAAGUGGACGGUGAACCUGUUUUUCUAAAACUACGCGUUCUCCCAUACAGUCAACGGGAAGGUGUCCUGAAAGCGUUACAGAAAAUGGAACAGGAUGGUGUUAUAAACAAAGUUGAAUCCAGUGCUUGGGCGACCCCGAUUGUCGUGGCGAUAAAAGUGAUGGUAGAACACCACGGAUCUGUGGAGACUAUCGAUUGA